CUAAAAAAAAAAGGAAGGAAGAAAAGGGCUAUGACACUCUACAUUUGAGAAAGCUCCAGUCUGUCACUACUUGUAGCAACUUCUUAUAAUAUGAGCAUUGAUUCAUUGUCAUUCCCUAUUGUGGUUUGAUAGUAUAGUCCUAAUAUAAUAAAAAAAGAUUAACAGAAGAUCAAAAUCAAGUAGCUGUAGAUAUGAAAUUUUGGAUGUAUAGUUGUGGGGUAUUGGCUAAUAAUCCCCAGAAGCAGCAGCAUUUCUUGUUCAGCUGUUGUUCACGGCGACUGAUCUCAUGUACCAAUUUUUGUGGGUUCAUGUUGUUUGCCUUAGGCUUGAUUUCACUCUUCACUGGCUACGUGGCAUCCAAUCUUGAAUGGUACUCUCAGCCACUCCUCAAACCUUCUUGGUUCUACAAUCAGGAAGGAGGUGCACCAAUCGAUAUUUGGAAGUCAAGGUAUUCCGCAUCUUACCUUGGAUGCAGUGAGAGUGGCCCUCGUUUUGCUUCUGCUGUGAGUGUGCGAUCUUCAAAUGGAUAUCUACUUAUUGCAACUAGCGGAGGACUCAACCAACAAAGGACUGGAAUAACGGAUGCUGUGGUUGUUGCACGGAUUCUUAAUGCCACUUUAGUUGUACCUGAGUUGGACCAUCAUUCAUUUUGGAAGGAUGAUAGUGAUUUUGUCAACAUCUUUGAUGUUAAAUGGUUCAUCUCAUACCUUGCAAAGGAUGUCAGUAUUGUUAAAAGAGUUCCAGUGAAGGUCAUGAAGUUAAUGCAAAAACCUCCAUAUACCAUGCGCGUUCCAAGAAAAUCAGAACCUGAAUAUUACUCGGACCAAGUAUUGCCUGUACUUUUAAGGAGACGUGUUCUUCAGUUGACAAAAUUUGAUUAUCGGCUUGCUAAUGACCUUGAUGAAGAGCUGCAAAAAUUGCGUUGCCGUGUGAAUUAUCAUGCCUUAAAAUUCACUAAGCCCAUAAGGAAUCUUGGUCAGAAACUUGUAGUGCGUAUGCGAAAGAUGGCAAGACGUUUCAUUGCAGUUCAUUUGAGGUUUGAACCUGAUAUGCUAGCAUUUUCUGGGUGCUACUAUGGCGGGAGUGAUAAGGAAAGAUAUGAAUUGGGUGAGAUAAGAAAAAGAUGGGCCACUUUACCUGAGCUGAGCCCUGAUGAAGAGCGAACUCGAGGGAGAUGUCCGUUAACACCCCACGAAGUUGGGCUUAUGCUGCGGGCGCUUGGCUUCAAAAAUGAUACAUACCUUUAUGUUGCAUCUGGUGAAAUAUAUGGUGGAGAAAAAACUCUCCAGCCUCUAAAAGAGCUGUUUCCAAACUUUUAUACCAAAGAGAUGGUUGCUGGUGAUGAGCUGAAACCUUUUCUUCCUUACUCUUCUCGUCUCGCAGCAAUUGACUACAUUGUAUGUGAUGAAAGUGAUGUAUUUGUCACUAACAAUAAUGGGAACAUGGCUAAGAUCCUUGCUGGUAGUAGGAGGUACAUGGGGCACAAGAGGACCAUCAGACCAAAUGCCAAAAGACUCAGCGCUUUGUUCAUGGCUCGAAAUAAGAUGGACUGGGAGACAUUCUCCAGAAAGGUCAAAUCAUGCCAAAGAGGAUUCAUGGGAGAACCUGAGGAAAUGAGACCAGGGCGUGGAGAGUUUCAUGAAUUUCCAUCCUCGUGUAUCUGUAAGACACCAUUCAAUCAUUCAAAUGUCAUAAACAGAUACAACGAUCAUAUUUCAGGAAGGAAUCCAACUCUGCCGGAGUCACAAUAUAGGUACAUAAACAAUAGCAGUGACCUUGAGGAGAAGAGCUCAGAGAAAUUUCAGUAGAGGAAAUUUGAAAGGUGACUUUAUUGUAUUUAAAGAGGACCCCGGGGCAUUGGUUCAAUGGUAAGGAUGCAGCAUGUGAUGUAUUGAUUAAGUGCACAUCAUGGAUUCGAACCGUGCCAUAGACAAAGCCUAGUAUUUAUAUUGGGAGGAGGGUAGAGAGACAGAGAGUAUACUCCCUGCAAUUUCAGACCUUGCUCGAAAUGGAGUCGGGUCAGAAGGCUAGAGAAUCUUUGUAUUAGAAGAGGCUGAGUUAAUCCGACUAUAUGAGUUACUCGGGGAAGUGUUAUAGAAUUGUCUGCCUUCUUUUGGCAGGACUUGAGGGGCUGAAGCCACAGCAGCACUUGAGUCAAUUGUCUAAAUUUGUUUUUUGGUUCACUGCUAUUUUUUCAGAAAGCUGAUGCUGAUGUGCUACAACUGUUGAUAUAUAUUUUUGUAAGAUAUGUAUAGAACAAAGAAGAAAAAGAACCUUGAUCUCCA